AGCGAUUGUAAUUUACUGCGCAGCGCAAAGCCGCUGUCGCCUCUAGCUGUGGUUGUAGGGCUGUUCGGAGCCGUGCGUUACAGUGUCGGACAGCUUACAGCUCCGCGCGACGUGGACGCGCCGCUGAAUCGCCAUAUUGUGGCAAGGCCGAGAUAGGCCGCCGCGGGGCGACCGCGCCGCUAGACGCGGCCGCAGAGGUCACCACACACACCGGCAUAGCUCCCACCGCGGCCAGCACGCUCACUUUCGCGGCGCCCGCAGGUUAAAUCCCCCGAGACGAUGUCGCUCGUCAUCAGCCCCGACUUCCAGCACAUUUUGCGCGUGCUCAACACGAAUAUUGAUGGGCGGCGCAAGGUCAUGUACGCCAUCACGGCGAUCCCCGGCGUCGGCCGCCGCUUCGCGAACGUGGUGUGCAAAAAAGCUGCGGUCGACGCGCACAAGCGCGCCGGCGAGCUGACGGCCGACGAGGUCGAGAAGCUCGUGGCCAUCAUCCAGAACCCGAAGCAGUUCAAGAUCCCGACCUGGUUUUUAAAUAGACAGAAGGACUACAAGACGGGCAAGUACUCGCAGGCGUUCGCGAACACGCUCCACACGACGCUGCGGUCGGACCUGGAGCGGCUCAAGAAGAUCCGGGCCCACCGGGGCCUGCGCCACUACUGGUGCAUCCGCGUGCGCGGCCAGCACACGAAGUCCACGGGGCGCCGCGGCAAGACGAUGGCGGCGACCAAGAAGUAG